AAAAAAAAAAAUCAUUUAUUAUAUUUUGUUUUUUUUAAAGGGGUAAAAAAAAAAAAUACCUAUUGUUUUUCAAUGUUUUCAAUGUUUUCAAUGUUUUUUUCAAUGUUUUGCAAAAAAUUAAUACCCAUUAAAGGAGAGUUAUAUUAUUUUUUUCAUUCCUAUUUACCUUUUUACCAUAGAGCCGUCCUUCGUAUUACAUUAUUAAUAAAUUUUUUUAAAAAAAAAAAAUGUUACCAAAAAAAAAGAUGCAUAAAAUUUAA